UACACCAACGACUCUGCUGCUUGAAGGCUGCUAAUGCAUCACUGCUGAAGCAGCCCAGGCUAGACUUUGAUGACAUGAUCAAAUGACUGUCAAAGUGGACACUGGCAGAAAUCAAAUGUCACUAAUACAGUUAUCAGCCACAGCCUGAGAAGGGUCUGCUGGCUCUGAGAGAGUGCUGCUGUCAUGGCAUUAGAGUCUAGCUCUCCACAAUGUUGCUGUCAAUUAAGGUUUGAACACUUUAUUAAGAGUGGAGGGAGUGGUGGGAGAUACCAAUUAACUUCAAAUAUAUUAGACAGAAAAUUGCUGAGCAGAAGAUAAGUACCAUUAAUGCGGAGCAGAAACUCUUGUGAAUUGAACUCCAAUGAAUAAAAUAAACAGAAAGCUGUGAUUGGGCAAAAACAAGCUCUUGUGCGUUAGUGUUGCAACCAUAUCAGAUCUGCAGAAAUUACAAUGAAUUCUAAUUUGAUGUAAUCUUUACAUCUAAAAUUAAGCGCAUCCUUGAAGAGGAGACCGUGACCUUGGGCUUUGGCUGAGUAAAGGAGCAUCUGAAUGAGACGCGGCGCGCCCCUGGCUGCCAGGCUGAGAAAAGGCGCAUCCUCCUCCUUUUAUAAUUCAGUCACGCAGCUUUGCUCUGAUUUGAGAUGAAGCAUGAACGAUGUGAGGUUUUUUUUCGGUCGCUGCUCACAUCGGUAAUUUAAUUUUUUUUUUUUUUAAAAAAAGCGCGCUUGGCAUCGAUGCAUUUGCUUUAUCUGAUUUAAACAUUCCGGGAUUUAUAUUCUAGACAAAUUGCCUUUUGAGCGCUUUUUUUUGUGGAUAAUCUGCAUUGCUUUCCUUCCGACCGAGUGGCUGCACCUCGUCGACCAGCAGCGCGCGCGAUAUCCGAUAGAAAUCAAAAAUUUCUCCUCGGGACAUUUCAUGAUUUUCAUCUCCUCUGACUGCAAAAUAUACACAGCUAUAAAAUCUAUUCCUGUAGAUUUGCAUACGGGCCCAUUAAUGGUUUGCAAUUGAGAUCACAUCGGCGACAAAUUGCAAUGCUUCUCAGUCAAUGAUGCUUUGGUAUGAGAGCAGUAGAAUAGCAUAGGAAGGUGAGGGGACAAUGUCCAGUCUAGCGGGUACAAGACACCUGCGCUCCUGGUCCUGAAUGCAUCGGAGAGAGACACCUAACCGGGUGUCACCGUCAGCCCUGGAUGCUGCGCCGAAGAAUGGGAUACUCCGACCCAUCGUCGGGUAAAGAUAUACUAGGCAAUAGAUCUCUUUGUUUCAUAUUUAUUUGCGCAUUUGGACUCGUGACACUAUUGCAACAGAUUCUCUAUGGAAAAAACUACAUCAAGAGUGCGCAACAGUUUAGCCGACUCAAAGGGGACGAGACAGGAAAUUGGACCGGUCCUGUUAAUUUCUCGGAUGAUGGAUCUCUGAAGCCUGCCAGAAAUGGAAGGAAAAGAUGUUUCCGUCAGCAUUUUCAGCCUGAUUCACAGAGCUCCGUAAUAGUCACACCCUGCCUAGCCGAUAUUAAGAAGAACAAACGCUCACAAAGGUAUUUGGAAAACUAUGAUGGCUCCUUUGACUUCAACUCCACUGCAUGCAGGGAGCUCAGACAGGAGAUUAUGGACGUCAAAGUCCUGACAAUAGACAUGGUUAAUCAGAAAAAACAUGGCCGUGGGUAUCCUUCCUCAUUCCACAAGUCUCUCUGCCUGUCUGCCAGGGUGAAAACCUCAGAGCUGUUUGAGAGAUGGCGAAACCUGCAGGUGUGUAGAUGGGAGCAGAGCAAGGAGGAGACCAGCAACUUCAAGAUGUCUCUGUCUCGCUGCUGUAAUGCUCCUUCCUUUUUGUUCACCACCAAGAGGAACACCCCUGCAGGGACCAAGUUGAGAUACGAGGUGGACACCAGUGGCAUCCUUCCCAUCACCACCGAAGUCUUCAAGAUGUUCCCAGAUGAUAUGCCGUAUUCCAAAUCACAGUACAAGAAAUGUGCUGUUAUUGGAAACGGCGGCAUCAUCAAGAACAGCAAAUGUGGAAAGGAAAUUGAUUCAGCAGAUUUUGUGUUCAGAUGCAACAUACCACCCAUUAAUGAGAAGUACUCAGCCGAUGUUGGCACCAAAACAGAUCUGGUGACCAUAAAUCCAAGCAUUAUUACUGAGAGAUUUCAGAAGCUGGAGAAAUGGCGAAGACCAUUUUACGAAGUACUCCAGAAUUAUGAGAACUCCUCAGUGGUUCUUCCUGCCUUCUACAACACCCGCAACACUGACGUAUCUUUCAGAGUCAAGUAUAUGCUGGAUGACUUCGAUUCCCAGAGGGGCGUGUUCUUCUUCCACCCGCAGUACCUGCUCAACGUGCAGCGUUUCUGGGCGGUGCAGGGCGUCCGGGCCAAGCGCCUCAGCAGCGGCCUGAUGCUCGUCACCGCCGCGUUAGAGAUGUGUGAGGAAGUCCACCUCUACGGUUUCUGGGCGUUUCCCAUGAACCCCUCCGGCAUCUUCAUCACUCACCAUUACUACGACAACGUCAAGCCACGGCCUGGCUUCCACGCAAUGCCUCAUGAAAUUUUCAACUUCAUUCACAUGCAUACUCGUGGGAUCAUUCAUGUACACACAGGGCAGUGCACGUGAUCCCUCAUUCCACCCUCAUUUCCAUUUUACCUUUUACUUUUUUUUAAGAGCAGGUUUACCUGUUGUGUUUUAUUUCAGUGAAUGACACGGUUCACUAUUUCUUCCCUAUUUAAAAAGAGAGUUGGCCUUUGGAGCGUACACUUCCUCGCUGUCACUACUUCAACCACACGUUGAAGGUUGCUUUCUUCUAAUUGCCAACAUAGUUCUCUUUUCAAUGUGUACUUUAGGUUGUUUUCUCAGCCAAUCAAAUCACUAUGGUUAUCUCCGACUCUCUGACCAUAGGAUGCUUGUUUUUAAUGUGAAAAGUGGUCUUCAUAGUGAUGUUGUUUCUGUGAGGUUUUCUAGUGGCUCUGCUGUACAGAGAUGUUGUUUUCUACCCAAUGUUGCACAGAUAUUUAUGCUGAAACAGGGCCGCAGUGGGUGUCUUGUGACCCCUCAUACCACCUCUUCUUCUUCUCCUUCUUCUUCUUCUUCUUCUUCUCUCUUUAUCUCAGACACUCUGUGGGUGUGGCAGCUUUUAAUGUUUGUGUGAAACAAAGCCUGAACCUUGAUAUUAAGCAAAUAUGAAAAAAAAAAAGAAAAAACAUGAAAAAGUAACAUCCAGUUGUCUACUUUUGUAAUCUAUUUCUUAUUCACCACAUUCACUGGGUGAAUAUUUUAAACUCUAUUGAAAUGGCCUGUUUUCAGUGGCCUUUCUCUCCCAUUUGAAAUUUUCCUCUGACAUUUCUGGUGAAAAAGGGUGUGUGAGAAGAGGUGAGGAUGUUUUCAUUUUGUUUGUUUGUUUUCUCUUUUGGCUUUUCAUGGUUUUGGACAAAAGCCAGAUAAAUAUUUUACAGUGACACCACCUCAGCAAAACGUUCAAGGCUGUCUAAUUGGGAAAGAAACAGAUCACUGUUGAGUGACCCAGCCUCUUGUUGUCAUUCAUGUCUUAAGCCAUGCUGCCUUAUGAUAUCGAACCCCUCUACUGUAUAUGAUAUGCAAUGCACCCAUGUGUUUUGCUCAUCUACAAAUAUAUUAACGCCAAACAAAAUAUCGGUUUCUCUCUCAAAUCAAAGGUCAUUUAAGACUCAAAAAGAUAAAGAAGUCCAUGUGCAGUCUUCAGCUUAUAUUCUAUUGGAUUAGUGAAGUCUUACUCCCCGUAAACUCCAUAAUCAUGUAAUGCUCUGCAUGACUUUGCUCUAUACUUAGCUUUGUGUGUGCCUGCUUCAAUGAUCACUGAAAUAUGUUUACACUUAAGCCUCUACUUAAGCUCACAGUGCUUUUGGAGAUAUUUACACAAACCUUUUCACAAAAAAGGUGAAUGGAUUCGUCCAGUAGAAUUGUAUUAUAGUGAAUGCAGUUUGCAUUGAUUCUAGAUACAAGAAUGAAGGUUGCUGCCCCUUUGUGAAGUGCUAUAACACUUUUACUACGACUGUAUUAUUUCACCUUCCCCUUUGAACUGUGAACAUUCAGUUUGCACUCAUGCAUUUAAGCAUCGUACAUUUAAGCACCGGAAAGAAAUGCUUUUUGUUUUGUUUUGUUUUGUUUUGUUUUGUUUGAAUGUUUCAAGAGAGAAAUACCGCAACUGUAAUUUAAUAUUUUGUCAUUCCUCUGUUCAUGCUCUACUGCGCACUUGUCCAUUUUUUUUCAUUUACAUUUGAUUGUUAAUAAGAUUUAAACAUAAUUAUCAUUUAUAAAGAGAUAUGAGUUCAGCAAAUAUGAACACCAAAAAAUUGUUGUGCAGACACAACUGAAUCUAGACUGGAAAAGGAAUGAAACUGGUCUGUGUACUGAAUGGAGGUAAUAUAUAACACAGUGCUUCUUAACUGACUCUGGAUCAUUCUUUAUACUGGUACGGUGUUUGUAAAUAAAUUUGUUUGGAUUUUCUCACUUGUA